GCUAACCGCCAGAGUGUUAUGUACAUUCUAACAUGCUAGCUAAUAUAUCCAUUUCAAGAAAAAAAAAGGGUCUGGUUGACCAGCGUAAAAAUUUAAACAGACAGAGCCGUAGCCCCCACGACACGUGCAUGAAGAAUACGACAACGGUAAUACAAGACGCUAGCACAACCUCCUGCCCCGCAUCACCUCUGUGAAUUCCCCAAAAGUUUACUUUAGC